AUGUCCCUUUUGGGACCUGUUGUUCAGGAGAUGGAUUUCAAUAUUGUCAGUGUCCGCAAGAGUCAGAGUGAGCUUGAGAAGGAGAUUGAGCGUCUCAUGGCAGAACUACAAUUGUUCUUGGCCUCUUCAGCAUCACCGCCUGAGGUUGAACCGGCAGUUCAGAAACUCAUCAAGGCAAGGAGGCAGAUCAUGGCAGCAAACUCGACCCUCAAGAAUGUACAGGAACGCGUUGACAGGAUGCAUCACCAAAUCGAAAAGCAGCAAAAAAAAUAA